AUGCAUGCAGAAUGGAUAGAGUUUCGAGACGAACUGGAUAAUCUCGACCAAAUCAGUGUUCCACGACUCAUUCUAUGUAACAACCCAGUUAAAAUAGAAUUGCACGGGUUUUGUGAUGUUUCUGAGAAGGCUUACGGAGCAUCUAUCUAUGUACGUGCGAUGGAUGAUCAAGGAAAUGUCAGAGUCAAUCUGUUGUGUAGUGAAUCGAGAGUGGCUCCAUUAACAAAUAUUUAUUUGCCUCGUCUAGAACUUUGUGGAGCUCUAUUGCUGGCUGGAUAUUUUCACAAGGUUAUUACGUCACUGGAUAUGAAAUUCGAUUAUUCAAUUUUCUGGUGUGGAUCGACGAUCACACUCGCAUGGAUUAAGGGUCCCUCUUACAAGUGGGAAACUUAUGUUUCCAACAGAUCUACAAAAAUUCAAGAACUGACGAAAGAAGGAAUUUGGAAUCAUGUUUCAUCCUCAGAUAAUCCAGCAGACAUCAUCUCAAGAGGAAUCAAUCCAGCUGGAUUAUUGACAUCAGACCUCUGGUGGCAUGGUCCAGCAUGGCUAUCGCGAGAUCCUGAUAACUGGCCCACUCCACAAACAGCAGAUCUUGAAAACGUCCCUGAAAUGAAGAAAAAUCUUACUUCGAGUGAAGUUACUGUAACAAAACGUGAUUCAGGUAUUUUUGAACUUUUUUCAUCAUUCAUGACAUUUUGUAGGGUACUUUCGUGGUGUUUUAGAAUUUCAAACAAUUUAGCUAGGUCUACGACGGAUCUCAAGACAGGCUAUCUCACACCUAUUGAAAUAGAAUCAACAAAAAAUAGCUUCAUAAAAAAGGUACAAACAGAAUACUUUCGCACUGAGAUUCAGGCUCUUGAACAAAAAAGAGAAAUUUCCAAUUCGAGCAAACUCAAAUCACUUCAACCAUUUCUCGACGAUUCAGGAUUGCUCAGGGUGGACGGUAGUCUACGGUUCGCCCCGAUUUCCUACGAUCAGAAGUAUAAAAUUAUUUUACCUGCUGAUAAUAUAUUGACACGCUUAAUUAUUAUGGACAAACACAGCCGAUUUCGAGUGAGACCAGUAGGCACAGAAUAUAUCAUGGGAAAUUUACCUGCGGCACGAGUCACACCUUCUCGUCCUUUUAAUUCCUGCGAAGUUGACUAUGCAGGGCCGUAUCUCGUUAAGGAUAGACCUCGAAGUAAAACGAUCACGAAGGCAUAUCUAUUCAUAUUCGUAUGUUUCGCGACUAAGGCGGUUCAUCUAGAAUUGGCAGCGGAUUUGUCAACGUCGGGAUUCUUAAGCUGUUUUCAUGGAGUUAUAUCUCGACGAGGUCUUCCACAAGAUGUAUACUCGGUCAACGGAGCCAACUUUGUCGGCGCUAAAAAUUGA